AAAAAGUUUUUUUUAUUAGAUCGGAUUGAAUUCACCCGACCUAAAACACAAUCCAUCAAACAGACAAACACAAAACAGAUCAAACCUCCAACUAAAAACCCAAAAUCCAGACGACAUAUAGAGAAAUUUAGAGUUCAUCAUCAAUCACAUCUCAUUUCCAGCAAGCAACACAUUUAUCCAAUAUGCAAAAAUGGAUCAAACGUUGAACAGAAAAGGGAAUUUGGAGAGAAACGAAAGGGGAACUAAGGGUUGUUAUUCAGCCAUUCAACCAAAACAAACAAAAGAAAAACAGAGACAUCCAUUCGAUUUGAAAUCCAUGAAAUUAAAAAAGAAAAUGCUUGAUUUCAUUCACAAUGUCAUCCUCAAAUACAAAUUUAGCACAUCACACACAAAGAAACUAAGACAACCAUGGCAAAAGUCUUGGGAGAAAUCAGAUCAGGAACCCCACCCACGGGAUCAAGCUCCAACCGUUUCCUUCACUACUCUUCCCAAAAAACUUCCUCUAAUCAGAAAGUUUACCUAAAAGAGAUAAACCCAAAAGAAAUACAGUCUCCAAAGCUCACGAUUCUUUCAUUUCAGCGUCGCUCAACCCCUUUUUCAUCUCCAUGAAAUCUUCCCCUACUACUCUUAAAAACCCAAACGGAGACUCCCAAAACCAGGCC